AUGGACCGAGUGUUCGGAAUAAGAAGGGUUUCUCGGGAGAUGGCGCUGCAGUACGUGCCAGGGGAUUGCCACGUCUGUUUCCAAUCCGGCGUCCGCGUGCGGCGUUUGACAUGUGGCCGCCAUAACUACUGCCGCAUGUGUGCAGACUUUCAGCCUAGGCUGGUCAACGGGGAUUUUUCUUGCAAGCAAUGUCAAGACGGAAAGAGGAGGCGAGGCGGCGACCGGGCUAUCAUUGACGACUUUCUUGCUUUGAGGACAGGGACGCCAGCGACACUUACUGGCGACCAAAGGGCGCCUGCUGAUGCAGAAACAGUGGAUGACACUGACCUGGAUGGGAAUAACGCUGAGUGGGAACAUCUCCUGCAGCCCGCCUCUACGAGUAGCACCCUCCCCCGGGCCUCCAGUUUCCAGGAGGAGUUUCUGCCGAUCCCCCGAAAGAGCUCCUUCUUGCAUCUGGUGAUACCCACCGCUUCCAAAGAAUCCUCCGACUCCAGCCCCAGUCCCAACCAGCCAACCAUGAUUCAAGCGACCGUCACGCAGCUGCUGAGCGCCAAAUUGGAAAACCUCAAGCAGGUCAGGCAGACAAACCAGACCCGGAGCGGAAGUUCAUCAGAUAGUAGUGUCUGCGCAUACACUGUGCACGCCAUGCCGGAAGUACUCCCCAGAUCGGAAAUGCCUUCGCCGGUGCCGCGUACGCCGCCACCUUCGGCAAGAAAGGCUGAUGAAAGGUUUAAUAUUGUUGAAGAAGAGAGGGGGUCGUCCCCAUGCAAGGGUAUACGAUCUCGGAGCGAUUCUAUUUGGUAUGAUGUAGACGAAGCGUUUCCUAAAUCGGAAUCCCAGAUGGAACUGGAACAACUGAAAGAUGAUAUCGGGGAUAUAGAAGGCCCGGGGUUUUCCUCAUCAAGUUCGAGAUCAGCGUCAUGUGACUCGCUGACGUCAUCAGGGAGAUCCUCACGAAAACAAAACUUUGACUCGUUUUGGGAUUCUUAA